UAGCUCCGCUGUGAUGCAGUGAGCCUGUUGUGUUGAGCGGAGACCAGCGGAAAGUACUCGGCAGGGGAAAAGGGGGUCUGCCGCUGAUGGGUGGGCUUUCAGCGACUUUCUACAAUGUUGAGUUGAACGCGCUCACAGAACCAUGAACCAACUUCGCCGCUCGCCUCGAAGCGAAGUCAGACACGUUUGAGACCCUACGACGAGCUGUGAGAGGGCGAGCAUGAAGCUCUCUGUGGCCGGCUGGACUGGGAAAUGGUAGCGCGCUGCAGGGACCACCGCACUGGGAAGGAUCAUGGUCGAGAGGAGCAGCAAAUUCUUGUUGAUCGUCGUCGGAUCUGUGUGUUUUAUGCUGAUUCUCUAUCAGUACGUGGCCCCCGGGGUGAUCAAUUUCGGCUCCCCGCACGGUUACUUCGCGGAGGACGACGAGGGGGACAUCUUCCCCACUCCGGACCCCCACUACGUUAAGAAAUACUACUUCCCGGUCAGGGACCUGGAGAGGACGGUUGAUUUUCAGAUCAAGGGGGAGGACGUGAUCGUGUUUCUGCACAUCCAGAAGACAGGAGGGACCACCUUCGGUCGGCACCUGGUCCAGAAUGUCCGCCUGGAGGUUCCCUGCGACUGCAGACCGGGUCAGAAGAAGUGUACCUGCUACCGACCGAACCGCAAGGAGACCUGGCUCUUCUCCCGGUUCUCCACCGGCUGGAGCUGCGGCUUGCACGCCGACUGGACCGAGCUCACCAACUGCGUGCCGGGGGUCCUCAACAAGAAGGAGAACAAGCAGAAGAACCAGAGGAAGUUCUACUACAUCACUCUGCUGAGGGACCCCGUUUCCCGCUACCUCAGCGAGUGGAGGCAUGUGCAGCGGGGCGCCACAUGGAAAACAUCCCUGCACAUGUGCGACGGUCGAACCCCGACGCCAGAGGAGCUCCCUUCCUGCUACGAAGGCUCUGACUGGUCGGGCUGCACUCUGCAGCAGUUCAUGGACUGCCCAUACAAUCUGGCCAACAACAGACAGGUCCGUAUGUUGGCCGACCUGAGCCUGGUCGGCUGCUACAACAUGUCAACGGUUCCAGAGAAGAAGAGGGCCCAGCUGCUGCUGGAGUCGGCCAAGAAGAACCUGCGGGACAUGGCCUUCUUCGGGCUCACAGAGUACCAGAGAAAAACCCAGUUCCUCUUCGAACGAACCUUCAGGUUACGCUUCAUCAGGCCUUUCAUGCAGUACAACAGCACCCGGGCUGCAGGAGUGGACCUGGACAACGCUACGGUGCAGCGUAUCGAGGAGCUGAACGAGCUGGACAUGGAGCUCUAUGACUACGCCAAGGACCUGUUCCAGCAGCGCUACCAGUACACCCGCCAGCAGGAGCGGCGGCAGCAGCGCAUCAAGAACCACAUACAGCAGAGCCACCAGGGCCUCGGCCUGAGCGUCGGUCUGUGGCCCUCCCGCGGGCAGGCCAGCUCACAAUCAACACUGGAGGACGGUGACAUAGAGAGGGAAGAGCGGGAGGAAGGCGAGGAAGGGGGCAGAACGGAGGAGGCGGGUGCCAGGCUCCCCACCGAGGACUACAUGAACCAGAUCAUCAACCGCUGGUAGCAACAGAACCCGAGCAAACGAAAGAAACGCGUAUGUAAAGUCAUACUCACACACACUAAUCUGCGGAAAGCGGCGCCUUCUUCAAAAGACCCAAACAAAAAAAGCUGACGACCUGGGACCAGGGCCGCAAAGGAUCGCAGUCUUUGGGGGGGGUUGCUAUAGCAACCGGAGGCUGGUCGCUGCAUUGACUCUCAUUAUUGAGGUUUGCCCAGUUGUUAUUGCCGCCUGCCUGCCCUUUUCGCCUACCCUGCUACAUCUUCUUGUUUCUUUGAAUCCGUCAUCAUCAUUACCUCGCAAGCAAAGGAGCAGAGGAGGACAUUUUCAGAAGUUGCUGACAACAUCCCGGCUUUUUUCCUCCCCUAUCCUUCGCCUCCUCUGAUGGUGGGGAGGGGGGAGCCAGAGAAAAAGGAAAAAUCAGGUCUGUGAAAUUUCAGUUAUUCUUUCCGGAUAUUCCUGCAUCAGAGGAACUGGAAAGGCUCUGAACAAAAGGACAAUAAGCGUGACAGCGUGUGAGACUGUAUCAGGGAGCAGGGGAAAAAAAAAAACUGCAGAAAGUCGUGUAGUGGAAGUGCUGCGCUUGCAUUAAGCACCCAUUUCAUUCAUGAGCAAACUGUCCUCCAACUGUCUCAUUUUGUGUUUUAAGAUUGUUUUAUUUUUAUUUUUUUUGGUCUUUAUGCUUUGUUCAAAAGCCGAAUUGUAAUAACACUGAGACCAACAUUGCUGCCUAAAAAAAAAAAAAUAUUUUUUGUUUUUUUUAAUUGUUUUAUAUGUCGAGAAAAGGAUGGGAUUGACGAACAAUGGACCAUAGCCAUUACUGAAGCCUUGCUUCUUUUAAGAAAGGUGUCGCCCGUGUGUCUGAUAAAGGUUCCCAAAGCUCCUGUCACUUUAACAAGUUCAUUAUUUUGCCUUUUUCUCUCCCAUUCUUUUUUUUUUUCUCAGUCCUGCAAAGAAAGACGUCCAAUUAAAGAACCGGAUCUCACACAGGUGCGAAGGAACCGAAAGCAGCGGGGUGAGAUAGGGGUGGGGGGAAGGUUGUUGCCAGGAACCGUGCAGUGCGAGCAGCAAGCGCUUUGGAAGCCUUAACUCGGGCAAGAAAAAAAAAUGCUUGAAAUGGGAGCUGCAGAACUGUUGGUCACCAUGGCAAUGUGAGCUCUUAAUGUGUCGGUGGCAUUUUAGCUUCUUUUCUUUUCCUCCUGUUUUUUUUUUUUGCAACCCUGACUACUUUGUAAAAAGCAUCCAUCUCAUGCAAGCCACCGUCCCAUCCUCUGGAAGGGCAAGCGUUGCCUUGGUGACCUGCAGUUCGUUGGUGCAAAGAGCGUACGGGGCGAGGUUGCAGUGCCUCUAUGUACUUGGAUCAUAGUCAACAUAAUUAUUGCCAGAUAUUAAGUCUGCAUUGUACUACGGUAAUUUCUUUGACUACUUGUGAGUUUGUGUGUGGGUGUGAGUGUGUAUGUAUGUGUGUGUAAAUAGUGUGUACAGGAAAAAAGAAUGGUGUUUGGGUUAAAAGUGAGAAUGUUUGUGCAUGUUUGUGAACAACUCUUUUCAUGACCAAUUCUUUUUUUGUUUUUAUUAAAUUUUUUUUACAGACAGAUCAAAUUAAUUCAAGCCCUUUUUCUUGCCUCCUUGUUCUGGUUGUUACCCAUACCUAUAGUUUCAAAUUAUUUAUAUUUGUGUAAAAAGAUAUGACCGAUCUGCACUUUUUUAUCCAGGUUUUGAACCUCUAUUUUAAAAAAAAAAAGAAAAAAAACGAGCUGUUUUCCAGCUGCUUGGUCGUAUCUUCAAAGGCGCUCCCAUGAUCCCACAGGGCCCCGGCUUGUUGACCUGCACAGAUAAGCGAGGUUACAGCCGGAGCUGUUUUCCACAGACUGUUUGGCUGGAUGUUGACACGCCGCAGGCUGCUGGUUUAGCCCCAACUCCAAGUAUUCUUAAUCACAGCAGGAAGUAGAUGCUUUAGAUAUCUUUAAAAAAUAUACAUUUGGAGACGCAAGUUAUCCUCUCCCUGAACAAUGUCGGUGUAGGAAACCCAUUCUGAGUGAAUCUUAGAUUAAAGCGUAGGGUGAUAAGGUUAUAGCUAAGGUGCCUUGCAAAAGUAUUUUUAUUUUUACAUUUUGUCACAUUAUUAGUGCAAACUUGAAUAUAUUUUGGGGGGGAUUGUAGGAGCAACACAAAACAGUGCUUAAUUCUGAAGAGAAAGCGAUUUUUAAAGUUCUUUUGUGGCUAAAAAUCUGAAAAUGUGACAUAUGUUGGCCACAUUUCGGACCAAUAGUUGCUCCCAUUCUUUUGCAAUAACCCCCCCCCCCCCAAUUGUAGCUGUUAGCACAUUCUUCUGGUAUCUAGAGAAGAUCUGAUUGGUUGCUUUUUGGAGUAUCAGAUUUAAUAGUUUGUAUUACAAUGCACUUUUCAGAUAUACUAUUUGUUGGAAAAAAGUGAGCUAAUUUUGAGUUGGACGAUCACAUAAAAUCCCAGACACCACACAAGUGUGUCCUUUUAAUUUGGCAAAAUGUAAACCUUUAAAGGGUGUGAAAACUUUUGCAGGCCGCUGUUUUACCUUAAAAUUAAACUUUUGGCUUGUAUUUUAAAAUGAGAUCAGAUUUGGAACCUGCUCAUGAACAAUAAGGGGAAAAAAAGAAAAAACAAAGUGAAGUACCGGUAAUCCUCAUCUUCAUUUCUGUUGUGUUUGAUUCACCUAAAGCAACAAAUACUUAGUCCUAGAUUGACUCUUAAUGGUAUUAAGCUGAGAAAUUGGAAGGAAAAUGUGGGAGAAAACUGAGGGAUGUCAAUAGUGCGAUGGAAAUAAGACGGGCAGCUGUGCGUUGUAGUUUAAACUACAUGUAGAUAAUGGAAGCAGUUUUUUCUUUUUAAAAUUUGGACAGUUUGGUUUUAGCUAAUCACUACAGAAUCCUGCCUUAGUGGUGUGAUAAUCUCUGUUUUAUAUAUGGAAUGAUUCACAAUGAAAGGAGAGAAAAAUGAAGGGAUCAUACAAAGCAUUAGAACUCAUUUAUCACCAGUGUGCUUCUUUUUUUUUUUUUUUAACUGCACAAUUUUUGAAAGCAAUGCCGUAGGGACAGAAAAACGGAUAUUGGAGGAGAGUAGCUCCCUUUUCAUAUCAGCUUUCCCGUCAUUGUCUUUUUCUGCAACUGGGGACAUGAAAACGCCGCAGCUUCAAGGCAUUUUGCCCAUAACUUGUAAAUCAGAGCCGGGUUUGCAUCGGUGUUGGUUUAGGCUCCGGUCCAAAAUGUGUCGCUCUACAUUUGUUGUAGAGCAAAAGGCAGAAACCCAUCCUCCACCUAUGGGGGUUUAUUUUUUGUUUUUAAUCGUUCCAUUUUUUUUGACUGAUAAUCAGAAUCAAAUACUGUCUGUAUGUGUGUGUGUGUUUGUGUGGAAGGAAAAAUAAGCUUUUUACUGACAUCAUUCCAGAAAAAAAGGUAUGCUCAAAUAUAUUUCAUUAUCUGAUGUCUUAACCUUAUUUCCUUUGUGAGAACAGUAAAGCAUCAUCCUUCUGUUUAAAGAGAGCGUGAAAGGGAUUUGUUUUGUUUUUUUUAAUUAAUGAGCAGGUUGUCGCUGCCUCCUUAUGUAUGCAUCUUUGUGGGUUUGUUUCUUUAUGAUUGCAAAACUGAAUCAUCAAAUCACCAAUUAAAAUAUUUCAUUUUUACAGACCUGU